AUGACUGAAGAAACAUCAACGAAUAGUCCUUCAUCAAAUGAACCAAAGUCAGUUGAAAUUGUUGCUAAUCCAGAAUUUAUCACAUGGAAAUAUCCUCCAUAUUGUGAACUUUGUAAUGUUUGUUUUACUGGUGAAUCAUGUUCCAAAUUACAUUUCGAAGGUCAAAAUCAUAAGAAUCGAUUACAUACAUGGAAGAAAUAUCAACAUUCAGAAACACCUUCAAAUAAUUUGAAAAAAUUUCUAUGUGAAAUAUGUUGGAAAGAAAUGGAUACACAACGAAUUUUAGAUGAUCAUUGUAAAAGUCCAGCUCAUUCAAAAGAAGUAAAAGGACGUUCAAUUGUAAAAAAAUUAAAAGAAGAAUAUAGACAAUUAAAACAAUCAAAUAAUAUCGAAUAG